AUGAAAAUAGGCAUAUUUUUGAUACUUACAUUAACUUUCAGUUUGGGGUAUUGUUUUUGGUCUGAAUUAUUGGAUUCCAUAGAAAAUUAUAUUGGUUAUGAAAGGUGUAAUUCGAAUUUUAUAAAACCUGAUAUAAAAAAACUGAAAAAAGAUUUUAAUGAAUUGCUGUAUGGGCAAAAUAUUGUAAUAAAUAAAUUAAUAUCUACUCUUAAAAAUCGUUUUAAUGAAACGCCCAGAAAAGCAUUAGUUAUUUUAAUGCAUGGAUGGACUGGGAGCGGUAAAACUCAUAGUAAAAGCAAAUUUGUUCACUUUUUCAAUGGUCGAAUACAUUUUCCUAGAAAUAAGAAAGAAUAUGUUGAUGAGUACAAGAUAAAUAUUCAAAAUUGGAUAAAGGGAAACAUUAGCAAUUGUCAUUUGUCUACAUUUAUUUUUGACGAAGUGGACAAAAUUCCAGCUGGAGUUCUAGAUGGUAUAAAACCAUAUUUUGAUUACAAUGAUGAAAUAGAUUCUGUUAAUUAUAAAAACGGUAUAUUCAUAUUCAUAUCGAACAAAGGCGGGAGUGCCAUUAAUAGAAAAUAUAUGAAUCUUUGGAAACAAGGAAUUUUAAGAGAUGACAUGCAAUAUAAAGAUUUUGAAUCAGAUUUACGUCUUUCUCUAUAUUCAACAGAGGGUGCUUUUCACCAAAGUUCUAUUCUGGAUAGUCAUUCAGUUUCUUUAUAUCUUCCUUUCCUUCCUCUCGGAGAGGAAGAGGUUAGAAAGUGUAUAAUAACAGAAUUAAAAAACAAUAAUAAACCUAUAAAAAAUGAAAUUGUCGAAGAAAUUCUUAACGAAAUGGAUUUCAACACUCAUGGUUUGUCAGUAUCUGGAUGCAAAAGAGUUGCAGAUUUAGUCAGUAGUUUUAGAUUUGAUAGUGAUGAACUGUGA